AGCCUUGUCUGGAUCACUUUGCGCAACUUGUGGCUAAUGGCUGAAGAAUACGAAAGUGUUUGUCUGGUGAAAUCUGAAGUUUUCGUUUAUCGCAUACCACCUCUUACCAGUAAUCGAGGACAUAAGGCCGCAGAUUGGAAGCUAGAUGAACCAGACUGGACAGGACGUAUGCGUUUGGUAGCUGUUGGUAAUAAGUUGGAAUUACGUUUGGAAGAUAAAGUAUCUGGGCAGUUGUUUGCGAAAUGUCCAAUAGAUGAAUAUCCAGGUCUCAGCAUCGAGCCUGUCCUUGACUCUUCACGGUAUUUUGUCGUUCGAUUGAAAAAUGACAACGGUCAAACAGCUUUUAUCGGUUUGGGGUUUGCUGACCGGAGUGAUUCAUUUGAUCUGAAUGUUGCGUUACAAGAGCAUUUCAAAUACAUUGAAAAAAGCGCGGAACUCUGUAAAGAACAAAUGAAUGAUCAACCAAAGUUGGACCUUGGUUUCAAAAAAGGGCAAACUAUAACUAUAAAUUUUGGGAAAAAAACAACAAAUCCUCAGCAAGCGAGAGUAUCAUCAUCAGAUGCAAGCAGCAAUUGUGGAAGCUUUCCAUUGUUGCCGCCACCACCAUCAGCAACUUCUCCUAUCAGUCAGCGUGCACGCAACAUUCCAGGCACGAGAGCGAAAUUCGUACCUUAAUCAUUUUUGUGGUUGAUCUCUUUUCACAUAGUCAUUGAUUUUGUGAAGGACAUAUACCAAUCUGUAUAUAGUUAAACAUAAUUACAACUUCUGCUAUGAAUAUGUUUCACUUGCGAGUUAGGAAUUCACCGGUAAGGUAUGUCUUGUGGUGGAGUGGUUUUGGCUCUGCUUGAUUCAUUAUUGUUUUUUUUUUCCGGCAUACAUUCAUUAAUAUGACUCUUGUAGUUCCAGUCUUGUUUCACCGCAUGCAUAUUGUAUUUGGGUCUUGUCACUGUUGACUGCAAUUUUGUAUCGAGCAGCUUUUCCAUCUGUGAUGUUUUCAUAGAACUUACGACCUUUUUUUUCAUGUUUACUAAUUGGUAACGCAUUCUGAAAAAGAUGUGAUCCAUUACGAAUAGGUGAUGUACGUCGUCGAUGUGAUAAAUUAGUAAUCGAAAGAAGAAAAAACUGAAUAUUUUAAUGAAGUAUACAUCUUG